AUAAAGCAAGUACUGACAAAUUAUUUUUUCUUCAGAGCACUUAUAUACAUUUUCAUAAUAGGAGAAUACGCGAGAUUUACACUGUAAUGCGUCCAGUUAUACUUUUUCAACUGUCGAUUGAAUCUAUGUUAAUAACGUUACAGCCAUUUUUAACCGUUUUGAAUCUCAAUAAAGGCAUGUCACUGACAUCACCGGAAAGUAUCAAGUUAAUAUCAUCUUCAUUAACCAACAUGAUACAUUUAUUCUCGACGUGUUAUUUAUUUUGCAUGAUCGAUACAUUCAAUGACUCAAUCAACUUCGCGUUGUACAAUUGCAAUUGGACCGAGAUGAACAUCAAGUUUAAGAAACUAUUGUUGCUCACAAUGCGGGUCAAAAAUACAAGCAAUUUAAAACUUAAUGUGACUACGCAAAUGGUUGUCAACCUAGAAUUGUUUACAAACGUUGUACAUGUAACGUACAAGAUAAUAUCCGUUCUGGUCAAUCAAUAUGCAAGUAGCUGAUGGGUUAUUACGAAACAAAAGAACUAUAAUUAGCACGAAUACAAUUUUUCAUUCAUCAUUUAUGCAGUGUAUUUAAUAUACUAAUCAUAUCGAAUA